CGGGUCACGCGCGGUGAGCCGGAAGUGAUCGUGCGCGGACACGCUUCGUGCAGUGGUACUCCCGGCGGCUCUGUAAGGCGCUGACGGAGAAGAACCACCAGAGGAGGACGGUUUCAUUAAGAUGAGAGAGUUCUGGCCGGCAGCAGCAGAGAGGAGUGAACUGGCCUUGGAGGAAAGCUAACCCACGAAUGGCCUGCCAGUCUGUCGCUGUAGUCAUGGACGAGCAGGCCCUGUUGGGGCUCAACCCGAACGCCGAUGCCCGCUACAGGCAGAGGGCUAUCGCUUACUUCGAGCAGCUGAAGGAGUCUCAGGACGCUUGGGAGGUUUGUGCUGAGGCUCUCGCCAAAGGGAUUUACAGUGAUGACCACGUCAAAUUCUUCUGCUUCCAAGUCUUGGAGCAUCAGAUCAAGUUCAGACAUUGCAGUUUGAGUGCUGUUCAGCAGCAGCUCAUCAGAGAGACUCUAAUGAAGUGGCUCCAGUUUCAGCUGAUGAACACUCAGCCCGAGAAGGCCUUCAUCAGGAACAAGGCAGCACAGGUGUUCGCCCUCACCUUCGUCAUGGAGUACAUGACUCUGUGGCCCAAGUUCUUCUUCGACAUCCUGUCCCUGGUGGGUCUGAACCCCCAUGGAGUCGACAUCUACCUGAGGACACUGAUGGCCAUCGACGCCGAGGUGGUGGACAGAGACAUCCUGCACACGCCGGAGGAGACUCGCAGGAACACGCUGAUCAAAGACAGCAUGAGGGAGCAGAGCAUCCCCAGCCUGGUGGAGUCCUGGUUCCAGAUCCUGCAGACGUACCAGCAGUCCCACCCCGAGCUCACCUGUCAGUGCUUGGAGGUGGUCGGAGCCUACGUGUCCUGGAUCGACCUCAACCUCAUCGCCAAUGACAGGUUCGUGAACCUGCUGCUGAGCCAGAUGUCCAUGGAGGAGCUGAGGGAGGAGGCCUGCGACUGCCUGUUUGAAAUCGUCAACAAGGGAAUGGAUCCAGUGGACAAAACCAAGCUGGUAGAGUCUCUGUGCCAAGUGCUACAGUCAGCAGGCUUCUUCAACGUGGAGCAGGAGGAGGAUGUGGACUUCCUGGCCAAGUUCUCACGGCUGGUGAACGGCAUGGGUCAGAGUCUGGUGCUGAGCUGGACCAAGCUGGCGAAAACCGGCAACGUGAAGGACGCAGCGGAGACGCUGCAGGCCGUGGAGGCCAAAGUGCCUCUGCUGCUGCAGCUGCUGGUGCACGAGGAUGACGACAUCUCGGCAAACAUCGUGGGCUUCUGCUACGAGUACCUGCACGUCCUCAAACAGCUUCCUCAGCUGACGGACCAGCAGAAAGCGAACAUCGAGGCCAUCAUGCUCGCUGUAAUGAAAAAACUCACGUACGAUGACGAGUACAACUUUGAGAACGAGGGCGAGGACGAGGCGAUGUUUGUGGAGUACAGGAAGCAGCUGAAGAUGCUUUUGGAUCGACUCGCUCAGGUUUCACCGGAGCUGCUGCUGGAAGCUGUCCGCCGCGUCUUCACCAACACGAUGCAGAACUGGCAGACAGCACCCUUCAUGGAGGUGGAGGUCGCCAUCAGGCUGCUCUACAUGCUGGGUGAGGCCUUACCGGCGGCGCAUGGUGCCCACUUCUCUGGAGACACGGCCAAGACGAGCGCCCUGCAGGACAUGAUGAGGACGCUGGUUUCCUGCGGUGUCAGCAGCUACCAGCACACCUCCGUCGCUCUGGAGUUCUUUGAAACGGUUGUGCGAUACGACAAGUUCUUUAUCGUGGAGCCACAGCACAUUCCUGGCGUGCUGAUGGCGUUCCUGGACCAGCGAGGCUUGAGACACAACAGCCCGAAGGUCCGCAGCAGGGUGGCCUACCUGUUCUCCAGAUUCAUCAAAACCCUACAUAAACACAUGAAUGCCUUCGUCGAGGACAUCCUGACGAGGAUUCAGGACCUGCUGGAGCUCACUCCACCUGAAAACGGUUUCCCGGCACUCCUGACCAGCGACGACCAGCUCUUUAUGUUUGAGGCAGCCGGCAUCCUCAUCGUCAACAGCGAGAGCCCUGUGGAGAGGAAGCAGGCACUGAUGAGGAGCCUGCUGACACCGCUGAUGGACGCCUUCCGCCUGCUACUCACCAAACUCCCCCAGGAGACUGAGGAGGAGCGUCAGACCGCCCUCGCCGACUGCCUGAGUCACGCCGUCGGCUUCGCCAGCCGGACCAGCAAAGCUUUCAGCAACAAGCAGACAGUGAAGCAGUGUGGCUGCACCGAGGUGUACCGGGACUGCCUGCAGGCCUUCCUGCCCGCACUCAGCUGCCCCGUGCAACGGAGCGUGCUGCGCAGCUCCGUCCGCUCGUUCCUGCACCGCAUGAUCAUCUGCAUGGAGGAGGAGGUGCUGCCCUUCGUCCCCGCUGCCUCAGAGCACAUGCUGAAGGACUGCGAGGCCAAAGAUCUACAGGAGUUCAUCCCGCUCAUCAGCCAGAUCACUGCCAAGUUUAAGCGGCAGGUGUCUCCCUUCCUGCAGCAGAUCUUCAUGCCCCUCGUCCUUGCCAUCUUCGAGGUUCUGGCACGCCCGGCAGAAGAGAACGACCAGACAGCGGCACUGGAGAAGCAGAUGCUGAGGAGGAGUUACUUCAGCUUCAUCCAGACCAUCGCAGGAAGUGGGAUGAACGAGGUGAUGGCCAAUCAGGGGGCAGAAAACAUGGAGCGCAUCGUGUUCACCAUCAUUCAGGGCGCUGUCGACUUUCCCGACCCCAUCGCGCAGAAGACCUGCUUCAUCAUCCUCACCAAACUGGUGGAGCUGUGGGGAGGUAAAGACGGCAUGGUGGGCUUCCCCGACUUUAUCUACAAACACAUCGUCCCAGCCUGUUUCCUGGCUCCCCUCAAACCGACCUUUGACCUGUCAGAUGCACAGACGGUCCUGGUUCUGUCGGAGUGCGCUCUCACACUGAAGAUGAUUCAUCUCAAACGGGGACUCGAAUUCAUCCAGUUCUUGCAGCAGGAGUACCUGCCAUCACUCCAGGUGGCCCCGGAAAUUUCACAGGAGCUCUGCCAGGUUCUCCAGCAGCCUGACGUCAAAGUCCUGAAAAACUACAUUAAGGCGUUCUUCCAGCGAGGAAAACUGUAGG